AGUACAUAGAAACCCUUAUCUACCUAAAGCAUAAGAAUUCAAACAAAGACUGAGCUUCACUGAGUGAUGGGCUAGCAUGGAAUAUGCCCUCAUGGGGAAUAUUGUUCUUCUUGAUCUGUGAACAGAAGAAUUUUCCAGAGGUCACCUGUCAACAAAUAUUCAUGGUGGACAAGGGCAGCAGAAUGCAGAGUCGGAACUGGCUGGUAUCUUGGUCGUGUACAGAUAGCUAUAUUUCCCUAAAACUAGAAAAAGAAUCGCAGAUUUUCUGGAACUGGAAGUACACACAGGGACAUAUAACUACAUACAGGUUUGCUAUGGUCAAUGAAGUGGAAAAGCUUUUUAGCAAACUGCAUUCAUGCACAGUGACUGAAACCCCAUUUGCUUCAAAUGAUGCCAAAUACUUUCUGCACAAGAAAUUGUAUUAGGAAAACAACUAAUUAACCCCAUAGUUUAUCAAGAGCCGCUAUUUUAGAAACCUGAAUAGAUAAUGACACUUGAGCUGUACAUAAUUUCACUUAAAACAUGUCAGCCUGAUAGGUAUAUGGUUGACAAAAUAUACAACAAAACAAAGAUAA